CCCGGCCACUUCAAGGACCCCAAGCGGCUGUACUGCAAAAACGGGGGCUUCUUCCUGCGCAUCCACCCCGACGGCCGCGUGGACGGGGUCCGGGAGAAGAGCGACCCUCACAUAAAACUACAGCUUCAAGCAGAAGAGAGAGGUGUUGUGUCCAUCAAAGGAGUCUGUGCCAACCGUUAUCUGGCUAUGAAGGAAGACGGAAGAUUACUGGCUUCUAAAUUUGUAACAGAUGAAUGUUUCUUUUUUGAACGACUGGAAUCUAAUAACUACAAUACUUACCGGUCAAGGAAAUACACCGGUUGGUAUGUGGCACUGAAACGAACGGGGCAGUACAAACUUGGACCCAAAACAGGACCUGGACAGAAAGCUAUACUUUUUCUUCCAAUGUCUGCUAAGAGCUGAUCUAAAUGGCUGCAUCUAAUCUCAUUUCAUGUGAAAGAAAAGUUUUAGAAAUUUGUUAACGAGAAGAAAAGAAAUGCGUACUAUCAUCUGCUCAGUUUGGCUAUCUGGUUAGAUCACAUAAAAUAUUUAACCUUUGCCCAAGUAAACAAAAAGAACAACAGAAAUCCUUGGAAAUAUAUAACCUUUUACUCUUUAUAUAACAUUUACUGUUACCUGUUGAAGCUUAAUAAAUUGACUUUAUUUGAAAUAGGCGCUUUUAGAGUGUGCACAUUCAGAAGCAAAUUUUCUUCAUUUAAAAAAAACCAUACACAUUAGAAUUGCAGUCAGAUACUUAAUCAUUCAAAUGUCCACUACUUUUUAAUAAUAAGGUUUAUAUUAAUCAACAUGUAAAUUGGAAACCUUUUAAACAUGAAAAUGUGAAUUUAGUUUUCUCCUGUCAUCGCCUUGUAAUUCUCUGGCAGUUCCUUGUGAUAGAGUUUAUAAAACAGGCCUGUGUAAACUGCUGGCAACUCUUCCAUGGUCAGAUCAAUCUUGUCAAAUCCUUCUUUGUACCCAUACAGCAGCAGCCUCGCAACUCUCCUGGUGAUGGGAGUCGUAUUUUCAGUCUUGACCAGGUCACUGAGAUCCAUCCACUCACACCUCAAGCAUUCGUGCUGGCAGAAAUUGAUGGUGAACGAACAUGGCUUUAGGCGGCAGAUAAUAUACAUAUCUGACUUUCCAAAAGCUCCUGGACUGGUGUGCUGCUGCCGAAUACUCAGGAGGGAUCUGAAUUCUGAUUUUAUCCCAGUCUCUUCAAAAACUUCUCGAACUGCUGUAUCUCCUACAUAAAAGAAACUUGUACAAAUCAAUGAGGAGCAUAUUUCUAGAAACACUGCCAUCAAAGAUUAUUCGGUUAAAGUAAAAUUAAUUAAAUGUUCAAAAGUAAAGCUCCACCCUAAGAAAGUGAAGUUUUCAGCACAAACGCUCUGCUUUCUGGACCUCCUGAAAUGGUGUGUAUUAUUGAAGUAUGUUCUUACCACUGUAUAUCUAAAAAGCUUUUAAAAGACAGUAUUUCUCCGGUUGCUAUUUAUAGGCUUAACCUGUGCAUUUGGAGGGUCACAUCUUUCUGACCUCUUCUUUCUCUACUUCCCAAAAGGUAGAAAGCCAUAUCCUGCAAAAGUCAGAACACAUUUUAUAAAGCUGAAGUUGAUAUUCCAGCGUAUAGCUUAAGUGCUGAACUGCUAACUGAAAGGUUGUUGGUUUAAAUCCACCAGCCUCUCCUUGGGAAAAAGAUGUGACAGUCUGCUUCUAUGGAGAUUUCAGCCAUGGAAGCCCAAUGGGACAGUUCUUUUCUACAUUAAUGGCUGAGUUGGAAUCAAUUUGGUUCAUUCUGUGCCUGAUUAUGCAUCAAAAUUGCUGGUUUAUACUGAUCAGCAUUGAGAAUCAGAUAGCCACUUUCCCUUGUGAAAGUCCGGCACACUGCAGAAUAUAUUGAGAACUCUGUCAAGGCUCUAAUCUCCUGGGACCUUGUGUGGGACUGUCAAGUCUCAGAAGGCUUCCAGCAGAUUCCUUCAUAGCAUUUCGAAGAGAAGUUACUGCCUCUCUAGCUACGCUGCCAGUGGAAUUCCACUGUAGGAUUUUGGCAUUUCCUUUGCUUGCUGAUCUAGGGCACCAAAGAACUUUAAUUUAUUCCUCCAACAUCAAAAUGUUGUAGUUAAUUCAUCAGAAGUUUUCAAAGAAUGUUCAAUAUACAGCACUUUAUAAUGCCACAAAAGUUUUCAUAUUUUAAAAAUCUUCCAUUUUUUUGAAUUUGAUGUAAAUUUCUGUGGCAGUAUUUUCAUUACCAUUCAGACAUUCCAUGCCCGUAUUUUCUAACUGUCCAGAUGAACGAACUGGCUUUUGUUAGUUUGGGGCUUUCGUUAGAUUUGUGAGCUCCGCCUGUGUCUCCCACACCAUUUCUGUGAAGCUGGCCGCCCUUCUGGGCAGUAGCCCCGCUGCUCCAGGCAGUGUUCCUGCCAAAGAUGCGGAGAGCCUCUUUGUUUUAGAUAGUAAUUGUUUUACCAGUUCCCUGCAAAGGCUUCAUUUUUACCCCCUCUUAACGGACUACUCUGAAAAGAUAUGUGGGAGGAAAACUGUUUUGUAAUAGGAGACAUAUAGCUGCCCAUUUUGAAUUCUAUACUAACUUCCCUUGAAAUUUUCCUACAGGUUAAACAUGGUUAGAAAUUCACACUUGGAAAGAACUUUCCUUUAUAAUAACAUUUUCAUUUGGCAUAUGUACAGCACUUAUUUGUAAUAGAAGAUUGUGGCACUGGUCUUAAAGUUUAUAAAAUAAUAUUUGCCAAUCUCACAUAGCUAUUACUUGAAUGUUUUUAUAUGCAUAUUUAAAUUGUUUGAAAAUUCAAAAAGGGAAUCCUCCGGCUCAUGCUUAGCUUUUAGUACCACUAAUCAAGAUUUAAGAACCUUGGUGGAGCUUUGGAUUAAGCACUGGGUGGCUAAAUACAAGCUUGGCAAGUCAGACUCCCAUUCCAGUGGGAGGGGGAGGAGGCAGUCAAAUCCUGUGAAUAUUUACGGUCUCUGAAAUUCUAUACAGAGUGGCUGUGAAUUAGAAUCCAUCGAUGACCUUGGCAAUCAAGAGUUGGCAUUACCUCAUGAGUUUGGGAUUUACCCUGCCUGGAAGUCCACCUAGCAGUCGAUUCAGAAUCAGAGGUAGUUUUGAGCAGUUUAACUUGCACCAGCAUUGGACCAACUAGACUGAAAAUUGAAUGGACAAAUGAAUUUAUUUAGCCAGUGUAUGAGCGAACCCUUCACCUUCAAGUUAAUCUCUCCCCAAAGUAUUUAGACAUCACAAAUUUAACUUUUUAUCAAGAUAAAAGUGCUUUCUGUUGUUGUGCCUUUAAUAUUUUAAUGUACUGUAUACUGAAAUGAAGUAAUAUUUACUGUUUCAUAGCUUUGUUUUUAUUCUUCGUUGAUAAAGAGAUAUGUUUAAAUAUGUUAUUUUAUCUAGGGUAUGGAGUAAUAAUGGAAUGGAGUUUAUAUUUGUUACUUCUAUUUUGUAAUAUUUAAUCAUAGAAUUAAGAUCGGAAUAAAACAAUAGGAAAGUUUUUGCAGAAUGUGGACUUUCCUUGUAUUCCCCUGUUUCUUCUGCACCAGUGGUCUCUGACUAGAGCAGGGCUUGGUAGUCCUUCGGCUCAUGCAGGUGAAUUUCUUCCUGCCAGUAGCAACGAGUCCAUUUUUCACCUUGACUUUUUAGAAACUCUUUGUACACCUAUGGUAUUAUUUUAUACUAGAGUUUUAAGAAUUGCUUUCUAUUGUUUAUGGGACCCUCCUAACAUUUUAUUUUACUUAAAAUUCUAGACAACGAUGCUUCAUUUGUCUAACAUUAUCAAAGAACAAAAGUUUUCAAACAAAAGCAUUUCCCAAAUAACCAGUGAAGGGCCAAUAUGAAUGCUUAGCCAUAUAAUAGUAUUCCUAAUGUAUAUUAUAUACUUAACUAAACACCGAGCUUAAAGAUAAUAACUUAAUUCCUAAUUCUCUGGCUUCACCACUUAGAAUGUUUCCGAUUGUACUGUGUUAUAAAACAGAGUGUCUUCAGAUAGACAUAGUCUUUUCAGACGUGGAAGAGUACUGUCAGUUAUCACUUGUUGCUGCUUUUCGAGUUUUACUGAUUCCAAGGUCAAGCUUUCGUUUAUCUGACCCCUAGGAAGUAUGGCAAAUACCAGCUGCUGCUUAUAAACCUCUUCUUUUCUCUUAAUACCACAUGUUUGAAACAUAAUCACCGGAUACGUGGAUUGUUGUGACAAGUAACUACAUCUAAUUUAAAAAGUUGUGAAUUCUUAGUUAUUUGAACUUAAAGAGGGGGGGCUUGGGUACAUAUCAACAUAAGCUUACAUGGCUUUGGGUUGGAAUUAGAUUUUUCUCAUGUAGCCUUAAAUAUAAGCAUAUUUGAAAUUCAAAUGAUAACAAAGUCAGUUCAUUUGAGAAGGCAACAUUCGGAGAAACAACUCCACAGACCUUCUCCAGAAGACUACUUUCUGUCCAGUAUUUGUGUGGACGGCUUCCUCUCUCAAAAAGGCACAGGAUAAGCACAGGAUAUGUUCACACGUGCACAUAUCAUAGGGAGGUUGUGAGGCAAUAGGAUUCUAAAAUACAUAGCCUUCUCCUUCAGCACAUGCACCGACAUAGACUCUUCUUCUGUGUCAUGAAAAGACCUAAGUAGAAUCUAAACAUAAAGUCAGUAUUGAAUAAGUCACUAAAACAAAGUUUUUAAAGUAUUUAUCUUAAUGCAGGAUUUCUAGGAGUUGCCUAUGUAUUAUGCACAUGAUGUUUUGAUCUGUGUAACAAUUUUUAAAAAUCCAGUUUUAGGUAUAUAUGCAUUUUUAAAUAAAGUAUUUCAAGAUGACUAGGAAAUUGCCCAUAUAAAUACUGGCAAAAGAGAAUGGGAACAUACGUAUCAAGGGAUAGGUUAUAUGUAAAUAUACUGGUAUCAAGUGAGUUAUUUAUUGAUUUAUUUUGGUGGAAAUUGAUGAAUAGUUUAAAGAGUAGGUAGGAAAAUUCAGUGUUCAUUCUUUUGCCUACCUCUGUAAAAUUAGUGACAAAGAAUUCUUAGAUGAUCUUAAAGACAGAGCUUAGUAAGCUCUUUUAGGGUGUUAUUUCUCAUAUGACCUUGUAUUGUGUUUGACUUCCUAACGAUUUAAGUAGGUAACAUUUUCAUAAGGAGAAUUAUGCCACCACUGUUCUGUAAUUGAAAAAAAUGAAUGAUGAAGGGUUUGCCAUGUAGCUGUGAUUUUAUAAUAUAUAUUUCAAAGUUCAUUUAAAAGUGAUACAUGAAUCAGAGUUGAGGUGUUUUUUUUUAAUUCAUCUUUGAAUAGUUAGGUUAAGAAUUUAUCUUGUCUAAUAGGUUAAUACCAACAUUACUCAUAUGCACAAUAACCUUUUAAGUUUACUGAGGUAUAUCUAAAGCUAAUCAUUUCUAAAUAAAUUUAUCAAGAAGCAGUCUGUUCCAGAAAGGUGGUAUGCUUCUAAUGGUAUUAUUUAUACUAAUGGACAAGUUUAUAAUGUUAGAUUUUUUGCUUCUAAUUUUAUAUCAGCCCUUAAAGUAACUUCUCUAAAAUUUUCUGAACCAGACUGAACCAGCUGGAAAAUUUAAAUUAUAUUAUUUGAUAUUAUAAAGCAAAUAAGUAAACACUUGAAUAUCAUCAACAUUUCCAAGUAAAUUUUAAAUACAUAGGAUACAUACCAAGAUCUUCUCCCGGCUCUGACAGGCCUCCUGGAAACUUCCACAUAUUUUUUAACUGCAAAAUAAAGUCAGAACAUUAUUCUAAAAUUAGCAUUAAUUCACUAACACACACACACACUCAUUCAUGUAUACAAUUACUGUCACUCACACAUAUUCGGACUCCAUAAAAUCUAUCCAGAAUUAAUUGGUUAAAGCAUUGGAGUUUCGUUUGUUUGUUACUGCACGCAAAUUUCCUCCAGUUUUCUUCCUUUCCCUUUGUUUUGUGGGGGGGAGGGAGGUGAGGAGGAGGUGUGUGAAUGAAGACAUCUCUUCCUACCUUUUUCUACAAGAAGUAGUCUUGUUUGUUGGCUGAUGUGAUAAUAUAUUUUGUAUGAAAAAAACAGUGGAAAGAAACUUCUACAGAAUUUGUAUAAUUUUUAAAAUUUUGCUGCUAGUUAACUAGUUACCACAUAGGGAAAUCUUACAAAUGCUGCUAUUAAUAAGUAGAAAAUACAGUAUAAAUGUAAUCACUAAAGUAUGCUUCUUACAAUUUUCACAUUAUUUUCCUGUAUUGUGUUUCUAUCAUGAUUUAUGUUACCAUUAUGAUUUCUAUUGUUGUAUGUGUUAUUGAUGUUAUGUAAAAAGUAGAAUUGCUUUUCAUGUGUUAGUGUGAAUAAAAUCACUUAGUUGGAGUUUG